AUGUCCUUGUUCGAAACCGAGUUCUCUCGCCGUCUCCGCUCCUCGGCCACGGUAUCAAUCUCUCCUCGGUCCCCCUCCAAGGACCGGUCACCUUUCACCACCGCCACCACAACCAUCUCAACAAAGGAACGAAUCGUCCUUGGCAGCGACUACGACAUUAACGGUCGCAGCAGUAUGAGUCCUGCACUCCAUGGAAAGGCCGUGUCACGAGACUAUGGCGACCGGUUUAUCCCUACCCGCGACGGGUCUGACAUGCACGCCGCGUUCCAGCUGCUUCCAGAUACCAACUCGCAUGAAGGCUCAUCAUCAAAGUCGUCGCGCUCACGACGGAGAAGCCAUGGCCAGGGCACGGAUGCCGAAGCUCGUCGAGACGAAGUCAAUUCUACGUUUUCAACGCUUCUCAAGAAUGAGCUGUUCCCUGCUCCCAACUCGCCAUCACGCUCUGCAUCCCCAUCGACACGGCCGCAUGCUUCGCCAUCACGCCACGGCCAGAUCCGUCGUCCCAUCACGUUCAACUCGUCGACGCUUCCCAACCUCCCGACCAACGCUCCCAUGUCCAGCGCAGGCACGACUCCUCUGCACCAUCACCCACCUCCCGGUGUGUCAGGAACUGGAGACCGAACCGACCGCGAGCUCUCGCCAGCGUCACACCUGCCUCCACUGCCGCUGCAUGCACCCUCGACGCCCACCUCGGGACGUACACGGGCUCCAGGUGCGGGACCCAGCUCGGCACAGCAUCGUGCCCACCAGUCGCAGGUCGCAUUGGCAUCCGCGUCUGGUGGCGUGCGUACACCGCCCAGCCGCAACCGCGCAGCAUCACCGGCACUGUCUGGCUCGCCUGCUACGCCCUCCAAGAAGCGGAUCCUCAACUUUUCGUCGCCCGCAUCGAGGCGCAUGGCUGAGCUCACGAACAGUGCCCUCGACGACAUGAACCACGACAAGUACAGCCUCAGUCCCGUCGGCCGCGAUUCCCAGCGCGUGCUGAUGAGCCCUCGCAAGACGGUGCGGCAAAUCUCGCGAACGCCGUUCAAGGUGCUCGACGCGCCAGAGCUUGCAGACGACUUUUACCUCAACCUCGUGUCCUGGUCCAAUUCCAACAUUCUCGGUGUCGGCCUCAACAGUUGCGUGUACCUGUGGAGUGCGCAAACCAGCAGGGUUACCAAGCUGUGUGACCUGUCGGCCAACCUGUCCGAGGGCGAAGAGUGCCCAGACACCAUCACUGGCCUGGAAUGGACCAACAAGGGCAGCGUGCUUGCCAUCGGCACGAACCGCGGCAUGGUCGAGAUCUGGGACGCCGAGUACUGCAAGCGCAUCCGUACCAUGGACGGCCACAAUGCCCGCGUCGGCUGCCUGGCGUGGAACAACCACAUUCUUUCGUCUGGUUCGCGCGACCGCACCAUCAUGCACCGCGACACGCGCAUGCAAGACCCCUUGAUCCGCCGUCUGGCCGGCCACCACAAGCAAGAGGUGUGCGGGCUAAAGUGGAACCAGGAUACCGACCAGCUCGCGUCUGGUGGCAACGACAACAAGCUCUACGUCUGGGGCGGCACCGAGGCGCGUCCGACGUGGCGGUUUGGCGAGCACCGCGCUGCAGUCAAGGCGAUGGCAUGGAGCCCGCACCAGCGUGGGGUCCUCGCCAGUGGCGGAGGCACGGCCGACAAGACGAUCCGGUUCUGGAACAGCCUCACUGGCGGUCUCAUUAGCGAGUGGGACACUGGGUCACAAGUGUGUAACCUCAUGUGGUCCAAGAACUCGAACGAGCUCGUGUCCACGCACGGAUACUCUGGCGGCCCGGUGCAGAACCAGAUCCACAUCUGGCGAUACCCGUCCAUGUCCCAAGUCGCGACCCUCACGGGGCACACGUACCGCGUGCUAUACCUCGCCAUGAGCCCCGACGGCCAGACGAUCGUCACUGGUGCGGGCGACGAGACGCUGCGGUUCUGGAACGCGUUCCAGCGCAAGGACGGGCAGGCGCAGGCCACAGGUCAACUGUCCAUCACGGGCGCGGCGCCAACGGGACUCAGUCCCUUCCGCAAGUUGCGGUAG